GCUAGUCUGCUCUCAUAUACCGACAAGACAGUACGGCCGAAACCUCAGAGCAGCGGACCGACAGCAACAGACGUCGCACCUCGAAGGCAUUCUUGCACAAGCUCGUGGGGACGUAAAACCACAGGAAGUCAAGACAGUGAUCAUGUGAGAUCGAACUGCUUUUUUGGACGAAUGCGAGCCUCUCUGACAGUCCUUGCGCACAAGACUAUCGUCGGUGAUUUGAUAGCGGUAUCACGUUUUCAUUUGUCUUUGCAUGUCGGGCAUGCAUCCAGGGGAGAGCCGAUCAAUCCCUGUUCUUUUCCGAACUGCGCGCGUGUAGUGCCUUUAGUGUCGGCUGUGUCGUCAGGUCCCGAGCACAGAACUCAGAGAUGGGAGGCAAUUUAGGCUGCCACCGGUCUAUUCCAAAGGACCCGACGGAUUUGUGUCACAGUAAACGCAAGUUUAGCGCCGCAUGCAACUUCAGCAAUAUUAUGGUGAACCAGGAGCGGUUAAAUAUCAACACAGCUACCGAAGAAGAACUUAUGACUCUGCCCGGUGUGAAUCGCACGGUUGCGCAGAACAUUGUGGAGUACCGUGAGUGUAUCGGAGGAUUCAAGAAAGUGGAGGAUCUCGCUUUAGUCAGCGGUGUAGGUGCCACCAAACUAGAGGUUAUUAAAUUAGAAAUAUGCGUCUCCAACAAGAAUGGGUCGUCUCAACACUCCCCGUCCUCUCUGCGCAAAGAUCACGAGCACCUCGCGUGCACCGGUAUGAACAUCAACACUGCUACACCUGCUCAACUCAUGAGCCUGCGUGGAAUCACCGAGAGAAUUGCCAAGAACAUAGUGGACUACCGCACCGUAAACGGUCCGUUCAAGAGUAUCGAAGACCUGGUUAAAGUCCACCAAAUCAAUUCAUCGCUUCUGGACAAAAUUCGAUUUCAAGUGUUUGUGGAGCGCUCAAGGACGCCAUCAACUAACACGAACGGUGGUCUGACUUGCACCACAAAGUCACAGCCGAGUCCAACGUCAUUUAGCCUACGGAGCGAUGAUCUUGAGUUGCCUCUAGGUGGGCCAACGCAGCUCAUCUCCAUCCGACCGGUUGUUGAGCCCCCAACGGGCAUGCGAGAUGGCAAACCGGUGGUCCGAGUGGGCACGUGGAACCUGCAAUGCUGCUCCAGCGACAAAGCCAACAACCCCGGUGUUAGAGAGGUCGUUUGCAUGACGCUUUUAGAAAAUGAUAUCAAACUACUAGCGGUUCAGGACUUGGCAGACACGGAGGCUCUGGACAAGUUCUGUGUGGAGCUGAAUCAGGCCACUCUUUCCAGUGUGCAGAAGUGGAGGAGCCCUCGCGGUGUGUGGAAAUGUGUUGUUUCUGAAAAACCCACAGGACAGUCAACUAAGGGUCCGCAAUAUUCCGGAUUCCUCUGGAACAGCUCGUCCGGGAUCGAGCUGAAGGAUGCGGUCAUUCUGGAAAGUCCCACUACCAACGGCAACGGGUCGCACGCCCACUCUCGGCCGUAUCUCGCCCGAUUUUACAUCGGGUCGUCCGAACUGGCGAUGGUGAACGUCCAUCUAAAGGCUCCGGCAUCUCCAGCGGAACGGAACGGGAAAAACCCCGGCUCUGACGAUGGCAAGGCUCAGCGACUCACAGGCAGAGUGCAGGAAACACUAAAAGGGGAGAAGGAGUUGUUGGUGCUGGGGGAUUUCGGGAUGCCCCCCGACAGUGCCGAGCUGGAGCCUUUGCGUAAAGAGAAGAUGAGUCCACUGCUAGCUCCCAGCGUUCACACCAACAUCAGCACCAGAACGCCUCAGGGUACACACAGCACCGACAACAUCUGGACCAGCCGCUCUCUUAAGAAGAUCUACACAGGUCACUGCUCGGUGGUGCGGGAAGGAUUGACCAAUCCCUGGAUCCCAGACAACUGGUCAUGGGGUGGCGUGGCGUCGGACCACUGCCCUGUGGUAGCUGAGUUCUUCGUGGAUGCCAUCCAGAAAGAGUCCGUUUGUAAUGGCAACGGGGUGGCAGUGGUGGAGAGGGGGGAACCCGUGCCCAAACACGAGCGAUGACUCCACAUGCUUUUGCCAUCGCCAAGGAGACGGACUGUCAUGACCUCAUCGCUGUGUGACACGACAAAAUGUUAUGACGGCGGGGGUUUUUUGGGGGGGGGGGGGCACGCUUUAUGACGAGAAAUUUUCAUGACUGUCCCUCAUAAUUGUGGAGAGCAGCACCAAGAUUGCCUUUUUUUUUUCUUUCUUUCUUUUUGUUUUGUUUUUGUUUGUUUGUUUGUUUUCCCCAUUUACUGUACAGUAGAGACUGUGAAGCACCUUGCCUUUGUUUUUGACUAAAAGGCAAGAAAUCGAAAACAGAUAUAUUUGAAGGAGAAAGAUAUAUAUAUAUAAAAGAGAAUUCUAUAAUGUCACAGAACUUCUGAAGUGUGCCAAACAUUUUCAAUGAAGUAUAUGAAAUAAACCAAUAUUGACAGAA